AUGGUUUCACGCAGUGAAUAUGAUGGCAGUGAAUAUGCUGUAGUGGCAAGAAGACUUUUCCCCAAACUAAGCAGCCAUGCCACGGCGAGCUUAGCUUUCACCACAGGUCGUCGCCCAACCUAUAUGGAGCAGGGAACCACCUUGCGACAUUUUGCCAAGACGGUGGUGAAUGUUAGCAGUGGUUUACUCUUAGCUAGGCUUCCGAUCCCGAGAAGUCGGAAUGUCGGAUGUGUCGAACUCCUUCUCAGCUUGGGAGACCCUGCCGGAGGACGAACCUCCGCUGUGCAUCGCAGUUCGACGCUCAGUGUCACCUCCACGCCACUAUGA